GCUAUCGGGCAUUGGGUCGUUUCAUCAUCGCACAGAAAGAAACGUAACCUCCUCUUCCCACGCUUAAAUCUUUCAAGGCGUUUAUAAGUGUAUUUGUAGGCAUACAGGCUGAAUUACGCGCAGUCUCCGGUCAAUGCGCGCUGAUUGUCUCCAUUGCAGUGCGCGCGGUUACCAUUACGCACCGGAGGACAAGAGCUGUUACAGAAGGUUUCUCAUGAAACCCUGUUGGAUCAUGUGUUAGACUUGAUUAUGAAUGAGAAACCUCCGAACAGCACCAGUCUGUUUUUGAGUGAAGAUUCAGAGAAGUCCCAGCAUACUGACGAAGGCCUGCAGCGUCUUCGCAGGGUUAUACAGAAACAGAUGUCUGGAGGCAGGAGAAAGAUGAGCGGCUUCACACGAGAGAACAUCAAGAUGUCCCUGCGACGGAACGCCUUCGUGCUCUUUACUGUCGCCGCUGUGGUUUUAGGUGUUCUGCUGGGUUUUGCCCUGAGACCUCAUAACCUGAGCAUCAGAGAGGUGAAGUAUUUCUCUUUCCCUGGAGAACUGCUGAUGAGGAUGCUUCAGAUGCUCGUUCUGCCCCUCAUCGUCUCCAGUCUCGUCACAGGAAUCUCUUCUUUGGACAGCAAGGCCUCUGGGAAAAUGGGAAUCCGUGCCAUCAUUUACUAUAUGGUGACCACGUUCAUUGCCGUUUUCAUCGGUAUUAUCUUGGUCAUUAUAAUCAAGCCUGGUAAAGGGAGCAGGGACCGCCCGAUGACCUCUAGUGGCAGCAUCGAGCCGGUGCAGGCUGCUGACGCAUUUCUGGACCUGAUAAGAAACAUGUUUCCACCAAAUCUAGUUGAGGCCUGCUUCAAACAGUACAAAACAGUUUACAAGAAGACCAUGCUGACCAGAAACAUCACCAUCACGGUCAAUGCGACAGAAAGCAUCAACUCUACAGAUCUCCAGGCGUCUAACUUCAGCACAGUCCUGCAGAGCCUCCAGGAGACGGUGGAGGAGGUGGUGCCUCUCUCAGGUUCCUCUAAUGGUGUGAACGCCCUGGGGCUGGUGGUCUUCUCCAUGUGCUUUGGAUUAGUGAUCGGGAACAUGAAACAGCAGGGUCAGGCACUGCGGGACUUCUUCGACUGCCUAAAUGAGGCUAUAAUGCGCUUGGUGUCCAUCAUCAUUUGGUACGCUCCAGUGGGCAUCCUCUUCUUGAUCGCCGGGAAGAUUGUAGAGAUGAAGGACCUUGCGCUGGUGGGAGGACAGUUGGGGAUGUACACAGUGUCCGUCAUUGUCGGGCUGCUAAUCCACGGCCUGUUCGUUCUGCCCUUGCUCUUCUUCGUGGUGACCAGGAAGAACCCUUACACCUUCAUCGCCGGUCUGCUGCAGGCUCUGAUCACGGCUCUGGGCACAUCCUCCAGCUCUGCCACCCUGCCCAUCACUUUCCGUUGUCUUGAGGAAAACAACCAUGUGGACAAACGAGUGACACGAUUUGUGUUGCCGGUUGGAGCCACAAUUAACAUGGAUGGGACUGCUCUGUACGAGGCGGUGGCGGCCAUUUUUAUUGCCCAAGUCAAUGAUAUGGACCUGAAUUUUGGACAAAUCCUCACUAUCAGCAUCACGGCGACCGCCGCCAGCAUCGGAGCAGCAGGCAUCCCUCAGGCUGGGUUGGUUACCAUGGUGAUAGUAUUGACAUCGGUUGGACUGCCCACAGAGGACAUUACACUCAUCAUCGCAGUGGACUGGUUCCUGGACAGACUCAGGACCACCACUAAUGUAUUGGGAGAUUCGUUCGGCGCUGGUAUUGUUGAGCAUCUGUCACAACAGGAACUUCAGGACCAAGAUGUAGAAAUAAUCAACUCUGUGAUCGAGGAGAAUGAAAAACCUUACCAGCUGAUCUGUCAGGACAACGACUCUCUGAAACAUCGUAACAGUGAAACCACCAUGUAACAACCUGAAACACGGCAAACCUAAAGCAGUAUUAUACACAAAUAAAAAAUCACAGUGUGCUAAAUAAAUAUUGUAAAUAACACAGACAUAUCAAUAUGAUAAGUGUUACUAAAUGAAACACCAAUCCGACUGUUUGAAUUUUAUGUAUGUGUUUUGAAUUGACUUUGAAGUAAAUUACGUACAAAGCAAAGUAGCACCCAGUAAGGAAAAGUUCACCAAAAUAGGAAAUUUCUAGUGUAUUUUGUAAACAACAUUAUAAAAAAUUAUUAUUUUGCACUUACAUUUAAGUUUAAUCAACUAGGAUUUUCAAGUAAUUUCAACUAUCUUGACAAGUGAUGAUUUGCUGUAACUUAUAAUAAAGUUGACUAACUAAAGCAAAUUUAACUUUAUUUAAUAAGUUACAGCAACUUAUCAGUCAGUACAGUUAAAAUGACUUAUUACACGGCUCUCUGGAAUGCUUGAUUCUAAUUGGUCAGUUGAGACAUUUGCAGGUUCGUUCUUUUCAAAUAAUAACCGCUCCAAUGUAAUAACGCAUAGCCGGUACUACUUGUACGAUUAAAAUCGCUCCGCGCCAACAAAGAUUACUGUUUGGCCCCAUCUUGUGACAAACACUGGACAACCACAAUUAAGAAUGGAUUUUGACAUUCAUUUUACUAUGUAUGGAAAAAACAAAACAUUUAAACAGUGGAUAGAAGUACGAACAACGACAAGACACAGAGAGCUUACUGAGACUGAACUUGACAAAAUAGGCAUGACAGCUACGAAGCCAACACACAAAAAAAAUACAGAAUGGGCAUUAAAACUUCUCAAAGACUGGCUAAAAGAGAAAAAAAUGGAGACAGACAAGUAUGAAGCAGAGGAUCUUAAUAAGGUAUUACGAUCAUUUUAUGCAUCUGUGCAAAGUUUUGCGGAAGGAUAAAAAUGUUCAUUUAAAACAAAUAUGCCAAUAAAAUGUUUCAAAUUCAUAUUCAUGUCCAGUUUUUUUUCUUAUGUGGCAAGUAGCCAUGUAAUAAGCGGGAUAAUGUAGAGGCAGCCUGUAGUUAUCGCAAAAUAAGCCCCUUCAGUGUGAUACACUGUCAGGGGUUAUUUCCCGAUAACUACCGGCUGCCUCUACAUUAUACCUUACUUAGUUGAUUAAAUGUAAAAAUUUUAGCGCACAAAGAACUGUCAAAAUUAACACAGCAAGUUCAAAUAUGGCUGCAUAUUGAUAAUGUUGAAUCUCUUUUGUUAUUACAUUUGUGACACUGAUUAAAACAUAAUGUAUUGAUCACUAAAUAAGAUUAAAAAAUUGUUUUCUCUUAUACACUGUGUAAAAAGUUAAACGUUGGAUCAACUUAAAAAAGUUUAUUCAAUUUAAAAAAUCCACUUAAGUGAAAAUUUUAAGUUGAAUAAAGUUACAUUUUUUAAGUGUUUUUAAUUGAAGUACCUUUUUAAGUUGAACCAAUUUUUUACUUUUUUAUACAUAUUGUAGACAUAUAUUAACCCACUUGAGCCAUUUGAAUUACUUUAAUGAUGGAUGUUUGUGCUUUUAGAGCUUCUCCAUGUUGGCAUUUUAAUAUAAAAUGGUUAAUUUGUGUCAUAUACCAUUUCAUAGGCUAAAGAAGUUUAAUAUUUAGGUAAACUAUUUCUUUAAAUUAACACUAUGCUUUUAUUAUACUGUAGUUUUUAUACAGUGAUGCCAAUUCAAGACUGUUGUAAACAUUUAUAAAAGUGUUUUUGAAUUAAAAUGUGUUAUUAUUAAACCAGCAUAAUUACAAUGUGUUUUAGAUGUUUGAGCUAUUACCUCAUACUGUACGCAUGAUGCUAAACACACCUAUGACAUCACAUGUAGAGGCAAAGGGCAUGAUUCUUCCCAUAAGAUUUCUUGUAUAUUACUUUAUUAUGACAUUGGUUGUUAUGUUUAUCUGAAUGUUGCCAUUAGAGAUAGUAUUAUCAGGUAGAUGUUUAAGUGAUACAUUGUUAUGAAUAAAUUUGCUUUCUGCUUACAUAUGUAAAUGAUUUGCCUGUUUGCCUAGUUCUCAUAUCAUCCCAAUGUUGCUUUUAUUAGACAAUAAACAAACAUACAGGGAGAAUCUUUCUAAUGCAAUCUGUUAUGUGAAAAUGUAACUGUAUUGUUUUUAUAGUAUUGUAAUAAUAAUUUAUUAUGAACAAGUUGUGGUUAUUUAUAUAUCACUGAUAGCUUAUAUGGCAGAAUUGUGCUAUUGUAAAAUGUUGUUCCAAAUGGACAUUUUCUGAGUU